AUGGGGAUUGAUAAAAUGGACAGACGCAUAGACAGAGGAGGUGUAUGGGGAUGGACAGAUAAAUACAUGGAUGGAUGGACGGACGGUCAGAUGAAUAGGGAGACGAUGGAUAAGUAGACAGGCUAUGAAAGCUGCCACCCUCCCUCCUGCCACCCACAGCCACCACCGCAGCCCCCCACGUCUAUGGGCUUCCCCGGCGCUCUCCUGGCCUUGGCUUUGGCCUUGGCCUUGACCUCUGGACCCGAAGCCAGAGCUAUGGCCCCUGCAGCCACAACCAUAGCCAUGGCCAAGGUCACAGGAGCCACCAGCCCCUCACAGGUUCCCCAGGUCACCCGGCGGCAGGUGACAGCCCUGCCCAUGGAGCCCAGGGGGUUUGGGGUCGUGACAAAGCGGACGAGCCUGAUCCAAUCCACAACCUGCCUACGCACCAUCACCACGACUACCCCCUGCACCCGGCGCAUCAGCACCCGGCACACAGAGGUGUCCACGCCGGAGACGCACACGGCAUCCAUGGAGGUGUCCACGCCAGAGACGCACACGGCAUCCACGGAGGUGUCCACGCCGGAGACGCACACGGCAUCCUCGGAGGUGUCCACGCCGGAGACGCACACGGCAUCCACGGAGGUGUCCACGCCGGAGACGCACACGGCAUCCUCGGAGGUGUCCAUGCCGGAGAUGCACACGGCAUCCACGGAGGUGUCCACGCUGGAGACGCACACGGAAUCCACGGAGCUGACCACACUGGAGACAUCUGUGUCGACCACGGAGAUGUCCAAGUCAGAGACACAUAUGUCAUCUAUGGAGAUGCCAGAGACGCACACAUGGUCCACGGAGAUGUUCACGCUAGAGACACACGUGUUGUCCAUGGAGACAUCCAUGCGAGAGACACAUGGCUCAUCCAUCAGCCCAUGGGAGCCCAUCUCCAUGGAGGCAACCACACCGGAGACCCGUGUGUCAUCUGCAGCCCCGUGGGAAUCCCUGACCACGACAGGGACCCGCGUGCCUCCCACGGACCUGUGGGAGUCCGUGUCCACAGAGAUGAUCACACCAGAGACAAGUGUGUCAUCUACGGCAUUUCCCAUAGUGGCCCACAGCUCGGCCACGGGCUCACUCAGCCCCUCAGCCCCACACUCAACGCCAUUGCCUGCGGUCCCCACGGCCAUGCCCAUGGCCCCCUCGGCACCCGCCCUAGCCUGCCAGAAUGGGGGGACACUUGUGGCCAGCAUUUGCCAGUGCCCCCCUGGCCUGACAGGACAGGUCUGUGAGAUUGUCAUCAACAACAUUAAUGUCAGCACAGUGGUGGCUGCCAUCAGGGUCACGGUGACUGUGGUGAACAUGACCUUCCAGCCCUCCAUGGAUGAACCCAGCUCUGCCGCAUACCAGCACUUCCAGACCCACUUCAAACAGCAGAUGGGGCUGCUGUACAAGGCAGUGCCCGGCUACCAAGGCCUCCGGCUCCUGGAGCUCAGGAAUGGCAGCAUCGUGGCCACCCAUGAGGUGCUGGUGAAGCUGGAUGCUGGCGCCUACAAUGGCACCUAUGCCCUGGCCCAGGCUAAAGUCAGUGCCGUGCUGUGGGACCAUGCCUGCACUUCCGAUGAGCUUGAACGGCUCUGCUUCCAACGCAAUGCCACCCGUGUCACCGCCCUGCCACUCAGACUGGCAGGGGUCUGCAUGAGCCCAGCAGUGGCCCCAAGGCAGUUCCAGCCAUUCUUUGAGGCUAUGUGGGUCUCCAGGGACCUGAUGUGCGUCUCCAACUGCAGCCGGUGGCACCCGCAGCACUUCGUCUGCAGCCCCCACGGCUACUGCUACAUCCACCCUGAGGGGCCCACCUGCUACUGCGAGCACUCAGACUGGUUCUGGUUUACGGGCAGCCACUGUGACCAGGGGGUCAGCAAGGUGGGGGUGGCCGUGGGGGUGGCCCUGGGCCUCCUUGUCCUCCUGCUCCUCCUGCUGCUCCUGCUGUUUUGCCUCUGCUGCUGCCCACCCCGGGGCCGCCAGGAGAAGCGCAGCCUCAGCAAGGCCCGGAUGGAGGAGGAAGAGGACAAAGAGGAAGGCCUUGGGAAGAAGGGUGCGUGGUCGCCGCAGCACACUGAGGAUGAGGAGGAAGAAGGCCGUGGGAAAAAGGGCUCCUGGUGGCCACAGCACAAUGAGGAGGAGGAGGAUGACAGCAGCCACGGGAGGAAGGGCACGUGGUGGCCACAGCACGAGUGGGAGUGGAACGCCGGGCGCCGCGGCUUCUAUUCCCCUAACCCUGAGGCCUCCAGCCCCCCCGGGUCUCUGGUGGGAUCCGGGAGCAGCCCCAGCACUGAUUCCUAUGUUGAUGGCUUCCGCCCUGCGCUGAACAAGGUGGAUCCCUCUGCGCAGACCAGCAUUGCCCGGCCCCACAUGACCAAGAUGUGACCCCUCCCACCCCACUCCAGAGUCUCUUGAGUGGAGGGGGCCCUAGACGCCCACAACGGCAGCAGGACCCUCCCCACCAUGGCAUGGGGGAAGCAGAGAUGAUGUCAGGACUGUAGGGGGCACCAUGCAGGCUCUGGAGACACCCCCUUUUCACCAGGACUGGGGGGGCUGGAUCCUGCUGCUCUCUC